AUGCUUUAUAAAUAUUACGCCCUCUUUUGUGUUCUGUCACCUGCAGUAAUAUGUGCAGAAGAGCAGGCCAUUCUCGGACCUGCGUUUGAGAAACCGACGCGGAUCGCAGAUGAAGCCGCAUUCGCGACCAUCGCCGAAAGCACCAACACGGUACUUCAAGACAUGUUCCUUACGGGAAGAACUUCGUAUGGAAACUUACACGGAAAUGAUACUGCUCUGUCUGUAAAUAUGGUGUCUCUGGACUGUUCUGCACCACUAUUCGACUAUCACUUUACACCUAGCACGCUCAAUACAUCGGCUGGAAGCACCUCUUCAGUGACAGCAGACUCCAUGUACAGAAUUGGGAGCAUCUCCAAGCUUUUCACUGUAUAUACCCUCCUUGUCAAUGGCGGUCGUAAGAUUUGGGACGCACCUGUGACUGAAUUCCUCCCAGAAUUGAAGCAGUCCAACCACCAAAAUGCCUCUGCAAUUGAUCGAGUGCGCUGGGAUACAGUUACUGUUGGUGGGAUUGCCUCUCAGCUUGGCGGUAUUGGUAGAGAUAGUGACAGUGGUGACCUGGCAACUUCAGGAUUUCCCGCAACAGCCGCCGGAUUACCUUCUUUACUACCGUCAGAGAUUCCCAGCUGUGGAGAGAACGGAGAUUUGCUUCCGUGCGACAGAGCUGAAUUUUUCCACACCUACACUCAGAGACAUCCUGUCUUUCUCUCCUAUAAUACGCCUAUCUAUAGCAAUAGCGGCUUUCGUCUCUUGGCCUACGUUAUCGAUGCUAUUACCAGGCUAUCGUACAACGAAGUACUGCAAGACACGGUAUUGAAACCUCUGGGAUUGGGUAAUACGAUGCCCAUUACCCCUACUGAGAAGGGUAGAGGGGUCAUUCCAAAAGGAGACUCGGGAUUCUUUCGUCAAUAUGGCGACGAAGUAGCCACGGCUGGUAUCUACGCUUCAUCCGGCGAUCUCUCCCAGUUCGGCAAGUCCAUCCUCCAAAGCAAGCAGCUAUCUGUCACAGAGACCUUGCGCUGGAUGAAGCCGCAGGCCCACACGUCGUCCCUUACCUUUUCUGUUGGUGCUCCUUGGGAAAUCUGGCGCGUUAAGACUGGAGUCACCAGCGGCCGAAUCACCGAUCUUUACACUAAAUCCGGCUCAGUGGGAGUCUACAAUUCGCUGCUAAUUCUAAUCCCAGAUUACAAUGUUGCGAUAUCUAUGGUUUCAGCUGGUCCUGAUUCUGCUCUAGCUCUGAAAAUGGCAUCUGAGACUACAGUACAGCAGUUUGUCCCUAUCAUAGAGAGCAUUGCUCGCGCGCAGUCUUGCAAGAGGUACUGCGGCAAGUACGCAUCGUCUCGAACCAACUCUUCCCUCGUCUUAGGUGUUGAUGAGACAGUAUCUGGACUCGUUGUAAAGGAGUGGAUUAGCCGUGGCAAAGACAUCAAGGCGUUUGCCCAGGCAUAUUCUGAUUCUACCGGCAACGGUGCCAUUACUAACAUCAAAGUUCUACCUACAGACUUGUCUACAGUCGGUGCGAGCGGCACCAAUAUUUCCCAUCGUGCCAUCAUCGAAGCUCUCCCGGCUGCAUAUAACCCGGUCACUACGCGAGUGUUCAAUGUCAAUGCUUCGGCAUGGGGCAGCGUUGAUCUGAUCAUGUAUGGAAAUGUUGCUGUGGAUGAUUUUGUAUUUCAAGUGAAAUCAACGGGGGUCGCCGAUAGUGUCAACAUCCGCGUGCUUCGAGAUGUACUCCACAAAGUGGCUUAGCGAAUAUCUCUAUAGUAUGGGUUCAAUAUGAGCAAGGGAAUCUUUUUUUUUUACUUAUCGGCAUAAUUUGCCAAUCUUACUAGCAUUGCGAAGAAUUCUAAGGCUUUACGGAGUUGAUGUGUU